AAUACGGAAAAUACGGAUGAGUUAGGGAGAAAGAGAUUAUCUGCUUCCAAUAUUGUGGAAAAAGCAGCAGGAGAAAAAUGAUGAUAAAGAACAAUAGCAUAUUGCGUACUACUGCUUCUUCUUUCAUUUCCUGCCCAUCUUCAUCAUCAGCAUCAGCAUUAUGUAAAGUUUUUAGGGUUUUGCUAUAUUCAACACAAACACAAAAACAAAUCCCCAAUAACCAAACCCCGGAUGAUAAUCUGUUUUAUAGAAUUGUUCGUUUCCGAGAACCUCGUUCUUCAGUUGUCCCUAUUUUACAAGAAUGGGUUGAUGUAGAAGGUAGACCCGUCGAUAUUCAAGAUCUCCACAAGAUCAUUAAGCAGCUCCGUAAAUUCCGUCGUUACAACCACGCUCUCCAGAUAUGCCAAUGGAUGGAUGCCAAACCAUAUCUUGAUCUGUCAUAUAAAGAUUUUUCAGUUAAGCUGGAUCUGAUAUCAAAAGUUCACGGUCUAAAGAAAGCAGAGGAGUACUUUAAUAAAAUUCCUAGUGCUUCUCGGGUCUGGCAGGUUUAUGGUGCUCUUUUGAAUUGCUACGCCAGUGCAAAAUUAGUAAAUAGAGCGGAGGAGACCUUGCAGACAAUGAGAGAGUUAGGUUAUUCAAGCUCGUUGUCCUACAAUGUUAUGAUGAGCCUGUACUCUGUGACAAAAAACUACGAGAAGCUUGACCUACUAAUAGAAGAAAUGGAUCAGAAGGGUAUUCAUUUCGAUAAAUUCGUGUAUUGUAUUAUAUUAAAUGCAUAUGCCAAAACUUCAGAAAUACCAAAAAUGGAGAACCUGUUAUUGAAAAUGGAAGCUGACCCGGAAGUGCUAGUGGAUUGGCAUGCUUACACAACAAUAGCAAAUGGUUAUUUAAAAGUCGGUGAUACCAAAAAGGCAUUAACUUGUUUAAAAAAAUCUGAAUUUCUCAUAAGGCCUAGUCAAAGAAAGGUAGCUUAUGAGACUCUACUCACUCUAUAUGCUACUACGGGACGAAAAGAUGAUGUUUAUCGUGUAUGGAACAUUUACAAGGAUCUUGGAAGGUUUUUCAAUAGUGGGUAUCUUUGCAUAAUGAGCUCACUUUCUAAGUUAGAUUGUAUAGAUGACCUUGAGAAAAUAUACGAGGAAUGGGAAACGCAACAUAUAUCAUUUGAUUUUCAAGUUCCCAAUCUUCUCAUUACUAUUUACUGCAAAAAGGGUCUUCUCACAAAGGCUGAAACUGUAAUACAAAAGCUUAUCGAGAUUGGAAACAAGCCUAAUGCAUCUACUUGGUCUCGUAUGGCAUUGGGUUAUUUUAAACAUAAUGACAUGGACAAGGCUGUGGAGGCUAUCAAAAAAGCUAUUUUGGGUGGUUUUCCGGGAUGGACAGUGGACACUGCCACUUUGUCUGCUUGUUUAGAUUAUUUGAAUUCUAAUGGACGUUUGGAUGAAACUGAAGAAAUGAUCAAAUUACUCAAGACAAAUGGCCACUUAUCUGAAGUGGUUUAUAAAAGUUUAGUGAAAAAGUUGUCAAAGGAAUCUGUAACCGAAAUUCAAAAAUAUGUUACCAGUGGUUGAUGAAGCAACAAAUUUUUUGUUGUCAAAGUUUUUUGUAAGGUAUAAAAAGUAGGAUAUUGGUAUGCAGCUCAAGGUUGUGGCAAUCUGAUAUUGUUGGCGGAAAGUCUUCGGUUUGAAUGAUUGUAAGGUGGAAUAAACCAGUGCCAAGUGAUUUCUAUGUCAGGUAUGCUAAAUUUGCUUUAUUAUAUGAUAUAUAGUCUAAUGUUGCCUCUCAGGUAGCCUUUUAGCAAAGAUAGCAAACGAUGAUGUAACUCUUGUAUCUGCACACCUAGCUUUCUGUGCAGGAAAAGAGGCUUGUUGGCAUCCCCAAACAUUAGGGUUUUAUUUUUUCUUUCUUUAUUUCUUUUGUGUUGAACGAUUUCCUCAUAGAUUCCGAUAAAUAGUUGCACUGCCUUGUUAUGCCAGCUUGAGUGUCAUUUUACAUUAUUUCGAGUAUGUUGGAUCUUUUUAAAUA